AUGCGCCUCAUCAACAACAACACGCUAUUUUUGGACGAAUUUUACGGUGACGACGUGCCUCGGUACGCCAUUGUAUCACACACAUGGAGCGCCGGGGAAGUCACCUUCCAAGAUUGGAACGAUCUUGCGUUAGCGAGAGAGAAGCAGGGAUUUAAGAAGAUCGAGCUCGCCAGGGCGCAAGCGCUCCGCGACGGGCUGGAUUACCUGUGGAUUGACACAUGCUGUAUCAAUAAGGACAGCUCCGCUGAGCUCUCGGAGGCCAUCAACUCCAUGUUCGCUUGGUACGAGUGCUCUGUCAAGUGCUACGCCUACCUCGCAGAUACUGAACACCCUGAAGGGUUGCUGAGUGACUGCGACCAAAGCGAGCAACAUCAGACCCUGUCUCGGAGUCGGUGGUUCGCUCGCGGCUGGACGCUCCAGGAACUCCUGGCGCCGCGAGAAGUCCUUUUCUUUUCCGCAGAGUGGAAUCUCUUGGGAAACCGCAGGUCGCUCGCGGACGCCAUACAGAGCGUCACAAACAUCGACUGCCAGUACCUGCACAGAAGGAACAGGAAGCUCCUCCUCGCCGCGAGCGUCGCUGAGCGCAUGUCCUGGCUAUCCUGCCGGCGGACCACGCGGGUUGAGGACCUAGCUUACUGCGUGCUCGGCAUCUUCGACAUCAACAUGCCGCUCCUCUACGGCGAAGGCCCAAAGGCCUUCACGAGGCUGCAGGAGGAGAUACUCAAGACCUCGACAGACCAGUCCCUCUUCGCCUGGUCGUGGACCGAGAGCGAUCCGGGCUCCUGGGUCAGCAUGCUGGCUCCCUCGCCGCGGAACUUCAAGAACGGCCAAGCGUACCAGCCCGCCAACGAUGCCACGAUCAGGCCGGUGCCGUACUCCAUGACCAACUUCGGGCUGUCGAUACAGCUCACGCUGAUCCGCCCGGCCGACAUCCGUAUCUCGAACUUUGGUUUCCGCCCGCCGCAGUACAUCGGCGUGCUGGCUUCGGCCACAAAAGAUGGCCAUCUCAUCGGAGUCCCGCUAGAGGAGACCGGGGUGACGGACACAUAUCGCGUUGUCCGCGAGUUCCCGCGCCCCAUCGCGCUGCAGUGGACCAACAAUCGCGCCUUGCGGGCGGAGAACCUCAAGGUCGAAGUGCACGACAUAUUCGUCCCUUCUAAGGCCUCCGGGAGAGACCUCGAUGUCGUCCAGGUCAAUCCGUACGACUCGAACUUCCAUCUCGGAGAGUAUGCCAUCAUGCUGCUCAUCAUCAACAGCAAGGGAUCGGCAGGAGACGUUUUCAACCGUGUUGAGGCGAUCCCGAGGUACAUGGACUCGAUGGCCGGGUUCAUCGCGAUGAAGAAGUUCAAACUCCCGCGGACCUUGGCGGACGAUGCCUCCUCAUCGUCGUCGUCAGCCACCUUUCGAGCGACGGAGGCGCACGGCGCCCUCGUGCGCCUGCACUGCAACUCCCUGAGCCAGAAAGACGGGGCCCUGUGUUUGUUAUUCGGGGUACUGACCAACGAAGAGAGGAAGACCAAGUGGGUGUUCAGAUACCUUGACGGUAUCGCGGAUUCUAAGAACUCUUUCAACGAGGGGAAUCUAGAGAGGUUACUGAGAGACGAAGCUGCCAACUGGCGGCUGCCUUCCGAGGCAGAGACCAAGACCGCCUCUGCUCAGUCGAAUGAAAGGAAGCGAGUGACGAAGCGGGAUAGCAUUACGACCAUGUUAGGGCCGGAGUUCAGGGCUGAGGUCAACGAUAGGAAGACGGUGGCCAAGGCUGCUCACAUCAUCGUUUCCAACUUCUCGGCCGCGCUCAGGACUAUGGAGUCAUUGUAG